UGAUAUAAACAACCCCUUGGCUUACUGAUCAAAAUUAACCAGUGAGAGCACAUGUAGUAAAAAAGCUAUUGGCACUGUGGUAAUUACUCAAGUGAAAAAAAAAGGGGUUCAAUUUUUGUUUCUUCUGCAAGCAAGAAAAGUGAAGAAGCUAGUCUGAAGAAAGUCUGAACUGCUCUACAAAUCUUUUUAAUCUUUUUAGCUGGCUCACACAGGGCCCUGAAAGUAAAGUAUAGGAUCAGCAGGCAGGAGCAGAUAAAGAGGAGGAAGAAGAAAAGGGAUUUGGUUUUUGGUGCCCUUCUCUUCUUCCAUUUGCUCAGCUUUGCUUCUCCACUCUCCCCUCUGGCUACUUCAGCUGCUGCCUGCCAAGCAACACACUGCUACUGCUCCUCUCCCCCAAUCCUUUGAUCUCUCUCUCUCCCUCUCUCUCAUGGCUGCUGCUUGCCUGGCUAGCUAGCUUCCAGCUGCUUGCUUCUCUCUCUCUCUUCUCUUGAGCAUCCUUGUUGUGUUCUACACUUGGUGAUGCUGCUGCUUCUGCUCUGAGUGUGUGUAGACUGUAGAGAGAGAGAGGAGAAGGAGGAGGAGGAAGGGAAAGAAAGAAGAAUCUGAAAAUUGCUUUAGAGUCAUUGACCACCCUAGUUUCCUCCUUGUUUGUCCCCCCCUCCCCUCCUCCUUCUUGUUUGUUCCUUCCUUGAGAUUCUCUGAACUCCCUUCAUCCUACAUGCCCUCCUGUCUCCUGCCUCCAUUCUUCAGUUUUAAUGCAUCCUCUUCAUCACUUCACUUGAGCCUCCCAAAAUUCAUUGCUUCCAUGGUGAGGCAGAUGCUGCAUGCUAUGUAGCAAGAAAAGAUCGAAGCUCCUAUGUUUCAUCACCAUCUUCAGCAGCAGCAGCAGCAGGAGGAGGAGGAGGGAGGAGGAUUGUUCUUGGUGGAAGAGGCCGCCGAGGCAGCAGAUCAGCAGCAGGAGAGCAGCAUGUCCAACCUGACCUCCUCCGCCUCCACCGUGCCGCCGCCGCCGCCGCCAUCCUCCGGCAACAACGGCAACAACAGCAACAAGAGGAAGCGCAGCCUCCCGGGCAACCCAGACCCGGAAGCGGAGGUGGUGGCGCUGUCGCCGGCGACGCUGAUGGCGACGAACAGGUUCGUGUGCGAGAUCUGCGGGAAGGGGUUCCAGAGGGACCAGAACCUGCAGCUGCACCGGCGGGGGCACAACCUGCCGUGGAAGCUGAAGCAGCGGGGGAGCAAGGAGGCGGUGAGGAAGAAGGUGUACAUCUGCCCGGAGGCCAGCUGCGUCCACCACGACCCCUCCCGCGCCCUCGGCGACCUCACCGGCAUCAAGAAGCACUUCUUCCGCAAGCACGGCGAGAAGAAGUGGAAGUGCGACAAGUGCUCCAAGAAGUACGCCGUCCACUCCGACUGGAAGGCCCACUCCAAGAUCUGCGGCACCCGCGAGUACAAGUGCGAUUGCGGCACCAUCUUCUCCAGGCGUGACAGCUUCAUCACGCACCGGGCGUUCUGCGACGCGCUCACCGAGGAGAGCGCCAAGGCCAUCGGCGGCAUCCCCGCCGCCAUGGCCGCGCCGGGGCACCACCACCACCACCACCACCACCACCACCAGCUGCUCUUCUCGCCGCCGCCGGUCAUGGCGCACCACCAGGAGCUCGCCGCGCUGCAGGAGCAGCAGCAGCAGCAGCAUCACCAGGAUGUCAUGCAGUCGCCGCACCAGCAUCAGCAGCAGCAGCAGCAGCGGCAGCAGCUGGUGCAGCAGAACUGCGGGUACGCCGUGAAGCCGGAGAUGGCGCCGUGGCCGACGACGAUGCCCUACGACCACCACCACCCGCUGCUGCAGCCGCUCUGCAACGCCAACGCCGCCGCCACGGCGCAGAGCUCGGCCACGUCCGCGCCACCGACGACGCCGCAGCUGCCCGCCGCCGCCGCCGCCGCGCACCUGUCCGCCACGGCGCUGCUGCAGAAGGCGGCGCAGAUGGGCGCGACCAUCGGCGGCGCGGGCACCGGCGCCGCGGGCGCGCACUACGCCCACAUGGCGUCCCCGGCGGGCGCGGGCGCGCCGGCCGGCGGCAGCGCCACCUUCGGCCUCGGCCUGUCGUGCCUCAACACCCACCAGGACGGCGGCGGCGGCGGAGGCAACGGCCUCAUCCCGGCCGGGAUGAUGGGCCACCUCGCAAGAACCGCCUCCCACGGCCGGAGCGGCGAGGACGUCGCCGGCGCCGGCGGCGGUGGCGGCGACGGCAUGACGAGGGACUUCCUCGGCCUCCGCGCCUUCUCCCACCGCGACAUCCUCCUCGCCGGCUUCGACUCGUCGUGCAUGGGCCACGUGAACGCCGCCGCCGGCAUGGCCGGCUACGAGCCACCACCACCGCACCAUGGACAGCCACAGCACCAGCACCAGCAGCAGCAGCAGCAACAGCAAGGCGGCAGCAACGAGCCAUGGCAUGGCAUGGGCAGCCAUAGCUAAGCUAAGCUACUUUAGCCAUAGCCAUUUCUUCUUCCUUCCUCUCAUCAGCUAGCCAUGCAUCACACUUGCCACCACCACCAUUGCCUUGCUCUUAGCUAGGGUCAGGCCAUCACUGCUUUUGCUAUACUACUCUAGUGCAAAGAUGCCUUUUUUGAAAUGGGUAAAUCUCUCUCAUAUUUCUCCUCUCCUUUUUAAACAUCUUGUGUUUAUGAUAUAAUCUCAUGAUCUUGGAAGCUAAGCAAGCAAGUAAAAGCAGCCAUGGCGAAGGCAUGGAUGGAUGGAUAUGAUACGGUACUGCAGGCAAUCAGUCAGGGAGUUUGUAAUUUUUUGUUCGUUUGGUAGGAGGAGAGAACUGUAUAAGCUAAGCACGGAUCAGGUGAAGGAAAAACUAAAGCUAUGUGACAAUCAAUAAUAAUACAUGCACCCAUCAUCUCUUUUUUGUAUACUCUAGUAAUAUAUUUCUUCUUAUUUUUCAA